GGCGGCUGUGCGCGCGGUGAAGAAGUGCUCGAGUCGAGUGGCUGUGUCUCCAUGCAUGCAUGUAUGUCCAGUAGUUCUACAUAGGAGGCUCAAGAAUGGCAGGGAUCUUUGCCUAUGAAAGUUCAGAGGUGGACUGGUGUGAGGACAACUACCAGCACUCUGAAAAUGUGGUGGAAUACUUCAACACGAUGAGCAGCUUUGUCUUCUUCAUGGUCUCCCCGGUUAUGCUCUAUUUACUUCAUCCAUACGCCAGGGAGAGGAACCUGGCUGUCCACCUAGUCUGGUUUAUGAUGAUCUUUGUCGGACUCUUCUCCAUGUAUUUCCACAUGACUCUGAGCUUUGUGGGUCAGAUGCUCGAUGAACUCUCCAUCCUUUGGGUCCUGGCUGUUGGCUACUCUCUGUGGUUCCCACGUCGAUACUUCCCUUCCUUUGUCAAGGACAGGUCAUCCUUCUCAAAGAUGGUCCUGUUGAUUACUGUGGUCAGCACCCUGUCUUCCUUUGUCAAGCCUACUGCCAACGCCUACGCCCUCAACUUCUUUGCCCUCCACAUCCUGUACUCACUGGGCCUUGAGCUGCGCAGCUGCACUGAUCAGCGAGUGCGGCGCCUGGCUUGCACCUCCAUCGGCUUGUGGGUCUUAGCCAUCUCCUGCUGGAUCAGCGACCGCUUUGGCUGCAGCUUCUGGCAGAAACUCAAUUUCUGCUAUAUGCACAGCAUCUGGCACAUCCUGAUUGUGGUGGCUACAGCCUAUGGUAGCACUCUCAUCGCCUACUUGGAUGCCUACAAUGAGAUCCCCUACUCGCUGCCACACCUUCAGUACUGGCCGUCUGACAGCUGGGUCGUGGGAUUGCCUUAUAUUGUCCUAAAGGGAACCAGUAAGACUCAAAAGAGCUGUUAGUUUUUUUUUUUUUUUUUUUUUUUUUUUUUUUUUUAUUUUUAUCGGGACAGGACCUUGCCAUACUAAUGAUUAGCACAGCUUGCUAUAUGUUUUAUGUAAAAUUUCUCAUAAAUAACUUUGAAAAGUACUGUUGUAACAAAAUAUGAACUAUAUGGAUUUUUGUAUGUUAGAAACCCGUGACCCCAUAUGAAAUGUCUGUGACUGAUGCACUUAUUUUACUGAAAAUACUGUGUGGCUAUAAUUCCUUUAUUACUUAAUAAAUUACUGAAUAUAUAAGUAUCACUAACAGACCUUUUUAGAAUUAAAAGUUCAACCAAUGAACAUAGUAGAUGUAGAGGGAUAGACAUAGGGAUGUUCUUCAACUUCAGAUAUGAAGCUUUCUGAUUUGAAUCGCCUUCCCUACUUAUGCUGUAGUAUGUACUUAACCUGAAUUGAUACAGUAAGAAUGUCCUGUUGUACAAAUAGGUAAAUUGUUCCUUUUGAUAAAGGCAUCAGGUAAAUAUCUGAAAUUGAAAAGGUUGCUGAAAAGGCUGGUGCUGUUAAUAGCAACUUAACUACUGUAUCUGUACAUAUACUCAAAUGUUACAUAUCCUCUGGGUUAAAGGACAAAGUAUACUUUGAAAAUUAAUGCCAGCUGAAAGUGAUUCAGAUUUUAAAAAAUGUAAAUGUACAGUAUUGUACAUGCCUUACUUUAACUGAUAGAUUGAACUAAUAUUCCACUGUGCAUCUCUUUAUGUCACUGUUUCAAAAUGGUUACAUAUUUUGAAUUAACCUUGUGAAACAGUUUUUGACUAAUUUUGAUAACAUUAAAGGCAUUUGUAAAUUGCAGUACAUUUUUAAAGUGUGUAUUCGGCUUAUGAGCUGUGUUACCAUUGCUAAGUGUCACUGUGAAUUUCAGAUUCAGUCUUUGUUUACAAGCAAAUCUUACAUCAGUGAUGUCUGUAACAG